AUGCUGAUCCAAGUCAUUGCCCACCAUUCGCAGUGGUUUGUGAGUGUCUUGAUCCUCGGUCGAGCUCGAGCCAUGCUAAUCCAAGCCAUUGCCCAUCGUUCGCAGGUUCUUUCCACCGCCCAACGUAAGGAGAUGGGGUCUAGGUUACUCACUGUGGUAUGCGAUGUUGCAAUGAACCUGCUUAUCAUUGAUCAUGUAGCUGCUGUCAUCAUUUUCGAACACUCUUUCUACAUUUUCGACAAGCGGCGCUAUCUUCGGGGCCAGCAGCAGUCUGUUCCCUACAGUUUUGACGCUCUCGAGCAGUACAUGGCGUCUCCACAUGCUGCUGCUGUCAGGGAAGCUGUGAGCACUGCCGCUCGUAAAUAUCAAGAGGCUGUGAGCGCUGUCAAAAACAAGCCAUCUACCUGGAAGGCAAAGCUCCCUUUUGAACGCUCUCAGAGGAAGGCGCAACUUUCUGAGAUGAAGGCGGAGUUGAUGAAAACAGUUCUUGGAAUCACUUUGGAGUAUCGCCUGCCGAGACCUUAAUAGUGGGCAACGCAUCACUACGUGGCUGAUGUUUGGGGUGGAGCUGAAUAAUUCGGCGGUGAAAGCGAGUGUAUUGAAUGGUCUGUCGAGGUAGUUUUAGGAGGUUGAAAUAGUUGUAUGAUCAUGCAAUCUGGUGCUUUUUCUGGUAUGGCGCA